CGUAAAGCGCCCCGCCCCCCCCCCCCCCCCCCCCGAGCCUCCGCCGGCACCAUGGCCGGCUUCGCGCCGCGGGUCCAGUACUUGGCGGGCUUCCGCUGCCCGCUCGGGGGCCUGGCGGCGGGCAAGCCCCGCGUGCUGUGCCGCGGCGCCGAGAUCUUCGUGUCCACCGGGAGCGAGCUCGUCUACGUCUACGACCAGGAGGGGAAUCUGCUGACCGCCGUCUUCAGGUUUCCUGGUCGGGUGUGGCACCUGGAGCUCUCGGCCCUCGGCGGGGUGCUCUACGUGUUGUGCGCCCAGAAAGGCGUCUACUGCGUGUCGUUGGACCAGGCGAGCAGGUCUGUGAGCCAGGAUGACGGGGAUGACAGCGACAAGAACGAUGAGGACAGUGAGGACGGCGAGCCCCCUUGCCCCGUGAUCCCCGUGGACCCAGAUGCCUGCAUCCUCCCUGACGCCACACUGUGUGCUUUCGUUGUGCUCGAUGACAUACUGGUCACCCUGGCACAGGGCCCUGCCCAGUGGAAGGUACAGCUGUUUCGGUGUCACCGUCCAGGGGAGGACGCCAGGCCCCCAGGCCAGAUCGGCGAGGUGGAGUUGUCCACUUCCAGCCCUCUGGCUGGGAGCCUUGGGGAGCCCACAGCCCCCCACUUCCUCCCAGUGCUGUGCUGUGUGUCACCACCGGGCUGCAGCGGGCUGUGUGGCCGUAUGCCGGGCUCUGGGGGCUUCACGCUGGAACGGGCCCUCUUUGGGCUGCUCUUUGGAGUUGACGCCUCCCUCUUGGAAUCACCUGUGAUCCUCUGUGGUCUCCCUGAUGGCCAGCUCUGCUGUGUGGUCUUGAAGACUCUGGUCACCUCCAGGUUGGCCCCUGGUGACCCAAAGGCCCUUGUCAAGAUUCUCCAUCACCUGGAGGAGCCCGUUGUUUCCAUCGGAGCGUUGAGGACAGAGUCCUCAGGCGAGAACGUGGAGGACACACACCCAGACUGCCUAGUGGCGCUGGGUCGCCACGGCCGGGUGCUGGCCGUCAAGGCCAGCUGGGACGAGGCGGGGGAUCCGGUGCCGGAGCUGCAGGAGUACCGGCUCCCAGGGCCUGUGCUGUGUGCAGCCUGUGGCGGAGGCAGCCGUAUGUACCACAGCACCCCCUCGGACCUCUGUGUCGUGGACCUGGCUCGGGGAGGUGCCCCCCAGGACCCCGUGCAGCCUGACAGGGGCCCGGGAAGCCUGCCCUCUCUGCUGUGUCCAGCCAGCUUAAGCGUGUGCGGCGUCGUCACACUCUCCGUGUUGUCCGAGGUGCCUGAAGGUGGCACCAGGCUCCUGGCCCUGUCUGCCAGGGGCCGCCUGAUGACCUGUAGCCUGGACCUGAGCUCCGAGGCGCCCUGCCCCGCCAGAGCGACAGUGGUGAACACUGGCCAGAAAAUUAAGGAGCUGCUUUCUGGAAUCGGCACCGUCUCUGAGAGGGUGUCUUCUCUGAAGAAGGCAGUUGACCAGCGCAACCGGGCCCUCGUGUGCCUCAAUGAAGCCAUGAACGUGAGCUGCGUCCUGCUGGCGAGCCGCGAGGGCCCCAGGCCCAUCUCGUGUACCACUGCCACCGCUUGGAGCCGCGCGCAGCUGCAGGACGUGCUGACGGCCACCUGCCGGCUACAGAACGGCAGCGGCUUCAGUCUGGACCGGGGCUGGACUUGGUGUGUGCAGGUGCGUACCCGCUCCCGCGCCUCAGACCCAGACUCGGCCGGCUCGGCCGCCACCUACACCAUCCCCGUGGACCGGCUGGGCCCCGGCGACCGGCGGGAGGUGACGCUGCUCCUGGGUCCCGGUGAGGACGGCGCGCCGGACCUGCCUGUGACGGUGUCCUGUGCGCUCCACUACAGCCUCAGGGAGGUUGUGGGCGGGGCCCUUGCCCCCCCAGACUCUUCCGAGGACUCCUCCUUGGAAGGGUGCCCCCCCGACAUGUUGCCUGAGCAAGACGGCGUCUGCCUGCCCCUGAGCGAGCACACCGUGGACGUGCUGCAGUGCCUGCGCUUUCCUGGCCUGGCCACGCCCCCCACGCAGGCCCCCAGCCCGCGCAGCCCCGCUGGCGACCCUGUGGACACCUUCUUGGGAGCGCGCCUCGGGCCGGGCAGCGAGCCGGCCGGACCCGCUUCCCUGCGGGCCAAGUUCCCACCCCCGUCGGUGGCCACCAUCAAGGUGUCAGCAGGGCUUCUGAGGGCCGCCCUGGGGGACGGUCAGCCAGGCAUGUCCCUGGGCUGUACCACCCUGCAGUGGCUGCUUGCCGAGAACAGCGCCCUGGACGUCGUGAGGGCCCGACUGCUGUCCUCCGUCCGGGGAGUGGCCCCCGACGGCACUGACCUCCACCUUGUCGUCCGAGAGGUGACGGUGACCCACCUGUGCGCGGCAGGGCCCAUGCAGGCCGUGGAGAUCCAAGUGGAGAGCUCCUCUCUGGCCAAUCUGUGCCAGGCACACCAUGCUGUCAUUGGGCGUCUACAGGUGAGCUGUGGGCAGCUGAGGGGUGAGUAGGGCAGCUUUGCUGAUGGCACUUCAGUAACACACCGCCAUCUAGUGUGCCGGCGGCCCCCCAGCGCGUCCGUGAACCCACGUGGGCACUGCGUCAAAAGAGGACGGUCCGUGUGCUACCUGUCACGCUCACGUGCAGGCCUCCCAACUUGCCUGGCUGUGCCGAGAGGCCGUGCCCUGGCGAGAUGCCCCGAACGUGGGUCCUGGGACAAGGUGCCUACACUCUGAGCCUCCACAUCUCUGCCAAGAAAGCAGGAGUGACGGCCAACCUCUCACACGCCUUUGGGGCCCGUUUUGCCACCUGGCAGGGGAUGAGCUGUCACAUUGCUGUCCUCGGGCUCCAGAUGAAACCUGCCACCUGGUGCCCUUGGCGGGACAGAGCUCUGGCUCCGAGGUUGGCCGGCCUAUCUCCUCCCACCUGUUCUGAACGAGGCCUUGACAGUCAUAGAGGGGUCUGCGGUGGUAACCGUCGGCCGAUGGUGACAGCUCUGCGGUAUGGCUCUGGAACCAGCCUCCCCGUGGAACUUCCCAGAGCACAUUCCCAGGCCCCAUCCCAGACCUGGGAAUCGGAGAACCCGCGGUCCUGGCGUUUAGGCUUUGACGAGGACCUGAGUGGUGGUGGUCUAGACUCUCCAGUGCACCCUGGGGAACCAGGAGCCCUCACCAGCCCAGGCAGGUGGGCGCUACUCAGGAGCCUGUGACCCCAGCGGUCCCCCCACGCAACACUGGUGGCACAUGUGCCCACCGUGGCACAUGUGGCUCAGGGAUCUAGUCCUGAGUGUGUCGAGCUGUCAGGGGUGUGGGCCUGGUGGGGACACCAGCCCCCGGAUUGGUUCUUGUUCCCUGUGCCCAGAGAGGGGCCUCUUCGACCGUCCUCUCGCUCCUGCCAGGCCGUCUCCAGACGUGCCGAGCACGGCAGCCAGGAGGUUGACGCUUAACGUGGCACUCGGGAAGGAGCGUGCUGACCCGACCACUGGCGGGGAGGGGACGUUCGUGUCCAGGUGCCACGACAACCACAGCCUGGGCACGAACGGCAGGAAUUGCGUGCUGGAGGCUGAGGCCUCUCCGUGGUGCACAGACAGCCGUGUUCUCCUGUGUCUUUCCGCGGCUGUCCUCUGUGCACGUCUGCACGCUUCUUACAAGGACACCGCUCACGUCGGUUUAGGGCCCACCCACGUGGCCUCCUCUUCCCUUGUUCGUUGGCAAAGACCACAGCUCGGAGGACAGUCAUGUGCUGAGCUGCUGGGGG